AUGCCCUUCCCUUGCAAAUGCCCACGCGAAUCUCGCGACAAAUGGAUACAUGUGGGAAUUCCAGUUGUCGAGCGGACCUGGGGCAACACCUGCCAUCAGGGUCUUCUCAACCGGCGCGGCUUCCAGGCGGCCUACAACCGAGUGGCCAUUCCCGAGCUCCUCGAGUGUCUCAAGCAGGAGAAUCACUCUGGCUCCGAAAAUCGAGAGAUCCUGCCAUCCAGCUGCUCUCGAAAAAGCCAAGUCAAACAACAACGACAUCCUCUUCACCAACCUCCGAGCCCAUUUGAUUUCUCUACGGGCCAGCAGUUUGGGCUCCCUCCUGUGGCUUCAAACAGCCUUGUUGCACAGAGGGAUGUUGGGUUCGGCAACCCCAACGGCUUUGGUCGCUUCGACCCUCGCCGAAGUGCGGGCGGUCUCAGCCUUGGUAGCUCCAUGAUCAAGUCUCCAGCCCUCUUGAAAGACAGACCGGCUUGA